CAGGGAGGGCAGCACUCUGGCCUGGAGGAUGGGCUGGCAGCUUGGAAUCGGAGCUGGAGCGAUCCCCCGGCCCAGUGAGAGGAAGAUGAAGAUAAAGGUCCUGCUGAUGCUGGUGGUGCUGUUUGCCUGCAGUGUGUUCAUGGCCCAUGGGAAGCGCCCACGCACGUUUAUACCACGACUCAAGGGAAGGACCAUGGGAAAUCUGACCGCCCGUGGUUGCUACUCGGAAUGGGACAGCAGCAACACAUCGGAUGCUUCAAUGGACCGGUGCUUCAUGCUCCAGGGCUGCUGCUACGCCAAGCUGUUUGCACGGCGGUGCCGCUUUGGACCAAUCCCACCCUUCUUAGAGCCCCGGAAAGAAAUGCCCAUCUGCGGCUUCGGGACCCGGUGCGAGAGAGGUGCCUGCAGAUGUGAGCAAGAAGCCUGGCUCUGUCGGAGGCGCAGCCAGGGGCUGCGCAAGCGUCGCAGCAAGUGCCGGGGACGAGCCUGGCGGUGUUGA